AUGGGUAAUUGUCCUCCUGAACAUAAUUCGACCAUAAUAACAGAUGUCGGCCAUAAAAGUCUUGAUCCAGCGUGUAACGGUGAACGAAUGUGGACAACAUUUUUAUUUUCAUCUUUAUUUACAUUAUUUGGUGGUUAUAUUAUCAUUCUUCUCUAUGAUUUAUCAAAAGCUGCUGUCAUUAAACAAAGAAGAUUAAAAUUAGUUCGUUAUAUCAAAUAUUUAGGAAGAAUGAAUGAUGAAUUCGCAACAUAUUAUCGACCAACUCAUUCGACAAAUGAGACAAAUUCAGAUGAUGAUUAUUUUAGUUGGUUAACAGCCAUUAAAGAAUGGGAAAAUAAUCUAAUUUCAGGACAAACAAAAAUGGGAAAAGCAUUGUUUACCGCAUCUCAACAUAAACGUCGAUUUUGGUUUAGUUUAUAUGCUGUUGUUGACAUGUUUACUAUUCCACCAUCAUUUGUUGCACUCUAUCUUAAUCGAAAUUGGAUUGGUUUUCGUUUCUUACGUGCUAUUCGUAUAAUGAAUAUGCCUGAUAUAUUGCAAUAUAUGGGUGUAAUCGAACGUCCAAAAGCCAUACGAAUUGUUCAAUUAGCAUCAAAAUUUAUUGCUGUUUGGUUUGCGGCUGCCGGAGCUGUUCAUCUGGUGGAAAACAGUGGUGAUUUCUUUUGCGAUUUUCGUAACGCUCAUGAAUUAGAUGUAUUUAAUGCCAUCUAUCUUAUGAUUGUUACAAUGACAACGGUUGGCUAUGGUGAUAUAUUUUGUAAAACAUAUAUUGGUAAAUUAUUUAUGCUCUUCUUUUUGAUCGGUGGUUUGGGAUUUUUUGUGGCCAUGAUUCCAGAAUUUUCGAAUUUGUUCGGUGCAAGUGGACAAUAUUCUGGACGUUAUAGAAUUGUUAAAGGCAAAAGACACGUGAUUCUGUGUGGAAAUGUGACUGCUCAUUCGAUGACAACAUUUCUCAAGGACUUUUUACAUAAAGAUCGUGAACAAGUCGAUGAAUUGGACGUGGUUAUUAUUAAUAAACGAACGCCUGAAAUUGAAAUGGAAGCCUUGUUAAAACGUUAUUAUGCAAAAGUAAAAUAUUUUGUUGGAACCGUGAUGAAUAUAGCAGAUUUACAACGGGUGCAAGUUGACAAAGCUACAGCAUGUCUGAUUAUUGCUGAUAAAGAAUGUGCUGAUCCAGAUGGUGAAGAUUCGGCCAAUAUAAUGAGAGUAAUUAGUUUAAAAAAUUUUAAUCAAAGAAUUAGAAUAUUAUUACAACUUUUACAAUACAGUAAUAAAAUGAAUGUUGCAUCAAUACCGGGUUGGUCUGCAAAACAUGGUGAUGAAAUUAUCUGUAUAGCAGAACUAAAAUUAGGUUUAAUUGGACAAUCUUGUAUUGUACCCGGUUUUUCAACAAUGAUGACGAAUAUCUUUCGAGUAUCAGCUUACAAAACGAAAGUAUUACAAGAACAAACUCAAAUAUGGCCAUGGCGAGAAUUGUAUCAUCGGGGAGCCGCAAUGGAAAUGUAUCUCGAAGAAUUACCACGUUCAUUCUAUGGAAAAUCAUUUCCAGAAGUUGCACUAACUUGUUUUAAACUACGUGUCAUGUUACUAGCAGUUGAAAUGAAACAAAUUGAUGUUGAAAGUGGUUUACAUCGAACUGUGGUCGAAGUAGCACCUCAAGAUAAUUGUAUUAUUUUGUGUGGAACGCGAGCAUUUAUGGUUUGUAGUUCAAGUGAAGAUGCAAAACGAAUAAAAUAUUAUUGUUCAAUAUGUUAUCCAGACCUUGAUCAUCUAACCGAUGCACAAGUUAGACGAAUGAAAAAAUGUGUUCAUGCGCAUGAAAUCGAUGCUGCUCGUAAUGAUCAAUCAUUAUCUCCCUAUCAACAACACGGUUCAAAUAUUAAACAAGCUUUAAUACGUUUAGUUGAAGGAGAUGUACGUCGUCCACUAUUAAGUCAAGAUAUAGAGAAAGAACAUGAAACAAUUGUCUAUAACGAUUUACCCUCCGUCAAAGAUAUAGAAAAUUUCGAUUCAACAGGAAUGUUUUAUUAUUGUUCACCUCGUCGAAUUCAAGAAGCUGUACUUAAUAAAGAAACAUUACGUGAACGACGUUUGGCUUUUCGUCGUCAAAGUAUAUACUUAAAUACUUUACCACCGAAUAAUUCAAAAUGCAAUUUUUCUCCACUAUUAUCAACUCAUCCAGUUCAUUUUCAUGAUCAUGUUAUUGUAUGUUUGCAUGCCGAUUCAACAUCACCUUCAAUUGGUUUACGUAAUUUUGUUAUGCCACUACGUGCUAGUAGUUUUCAACGAUCAGAAUUAGUAACAAUUAUAUUUGUUACUGAUCUCAAAUAUAUUGAAAAUGAAUGGAAUACUCUAGCAACAUUUCCAGAUAUUUAUAUUUUAAAUGGUUCUCCAUUGGAUCCUUAUAAUUUAAAAUUGAUUAAUAUUCAAGAAUGUCGAAUAUGUGUAGUUAUUUCAACAUUAGAUCGUGGAAAUUCUGAUACCUACUUAGUUGAUAAAUCAUCAGUCUUAUGUACUUUAAAUAUUCGACAAAUUGAAAUGAAAUCGGCACCACAUCUGUCAACAUUCAAUAUUUUACAGCCAUCAUCAGCUGAUUUGAAUGCAACAUUACUUAACACAAUAAAAACAAUUACAACACUAACUAUUGAUUCAAAUGUACAGUAUGUUGAACAAGGUGACACUGAUGAAGUUGAAUUAGAAUUUUUUUUAACCACUCCAUUUGCAUCGGGCGCCGCGUUUGCUGAUAGUGUACUCGAUUGUAUAUUAAGUUGUGCCUAUUAUAAUGAUAAUGCUGUUAAUUUAUUGAGAAAUAUAUUGACGGGUGGUCUCGAUUCUCAAUUAGAAGAAAUAUUAGCGGAAGGGGGUGGAUUUUCACAAUGUGAAUUACCUGAUAUUUUGAAAAAACGAAAACGUGCUAGAGUGGCUAUGUUAGAAAUUCAAGAACUCAUACCAGAUAUCUAUACAAGACAAAGUCCCGUAACAUUUAGCACAUUAUUUUGUGAAUCAAUGCAACGUUCUAAUAUUAUUUGUAUGGGUAUUUAUACAUUAAUGGAUGUUUUACUUCGAAAGGAGCCAAAUUUAAUGGAUAAAAAAAAUUAUGAACAAGUACGUUAUACGGGUCAUAAACGAAUUGUUAUUUGUUAUCCACCAUACAAUUAUCACAUUGAUCCAUCUGAUAUGAUCUAUGUGAUGCAAAAUUCCCAGCCAAAUGACUUAUAUUCUCAAGUGGAUUUAGAAGCAAAAAAUUGA